AUGGAACAGGACUUCCCUAUCCACCAGGCAUUUCCCUUCACCAUGCCGAGGAACCGCUUAGCGGAACUCCUCACCGCAGAUGUGAUAGCUGCUGCAGGCUCAGCAUCACUGAUCACUCCGGCCGUCAUGAUUCUUGACCGACUUGUCGUGGAGAAGUCUUCGCACAACCAGCCUCUCUUGCCAGCGUUCCGCCGACAUCUGUGGCUCUCCAUCACCCAGCCAGCGACUUUCCUUACAUCUCGCCCGAGCCUUCUAGUUUGGGGCCUCUACACCGCAACAUUUGCAGCAGCCAAUGCCACAGAAACCGUCCUGGACCGGGUUUACCCUGAUGUCGACCACGCCAUUGCGGGAAUGGCGACGUUCCUCUCUACAUUCGUCGUCAACUCGUCCGUGGGCAUCUGGAAAGAUGUUAAGUUCGCCCAGCUUUUCGGUCACCCCCCGGCUGCAAAGCCCACCAAUCCUAUCCCCAAUCCCACAGCCGUCUCCAAGAGCAGUUUCCUGCGCCGUUCCAUCCGCACCAUGCCACUCGCAACCUACUCCGCCUUCCUUCUCCGUGACGGCCUCACCAUCUUCGGCUCGUUCAAUCUCCCCGCCGUGGUCUCCAGCUCAGUUCCCGACUGGAUUGCCUCCCGCGAAUACGCCAAGAUCCUCUUCGCCCAACUCGCCAUCCCUGCCUCCAUCCAGCUCGUCAGCACGCCCAUCCACCUCCUCGGCCUCGACCUCUACAACCGACCGAUGCAGCUCCCGGCUCGUGACCGCAUCGCACGCGUCAGCAGAGACUGGAUCGGCGCGUCCCUGACACGCAUGUGCCGGAUCAUCCCGGCAUUUGGCAUUGGUGGAUUCGCCAAUACCGAAGGGCGGGCAUUCAUGCACCAGCAACUCCAACUAUGCGGGGAGGAGUAUGAGACCGAGGCUGAGUGA